AUGGUUUUUGAUUAUGGCUUUUGUAAUGGCAGCGCCACAGCUGCUGUAGAAGAAUAUCGGCGACGUUUUCCACGUGAAAGAGCUCCUGACAAAAACGUGUUUAUUCGAGUUUUUAACAAACUUUGCGAGACUGGAACUCUUCCAAGUGCUAAAAUAACAUCUGAAAAAGCUGAUCGACAAACUUUAGAAGAAGUGGAAAAUAUUUUGGAUCUAGUGGAAGAAGAUGCAACGACCAGCACCAGAAGAAUCGCUACUCAAUUGGACAUUUCACAAAAACGGGUAAUACACACACUUCACGAGCAAGGCUUAUACCCAUACCAUUUACAAAAAGUACAGUUUCUAUACCCGGAAGAUUAUGGUAAACGUGUGGAAUUUUGUCGGUGGGUAACUAACAAUCGUAGAGUUGUAUCGCGUAUACUUUUUACUGAUGAAGCAACAUUUACCCGUGACGGCAUUAAUAAUACGCACAACUCUCACGUAUGGUCUGACGAAAAUCCCUAUGCUAUAGUCAAAACCAAUUUUCAGCACAGGUUUUCAGUAAAGGUGUGGUGUACUAUGAUGGCUGGGUAUUUAAUUGGCCCUUUUAUCAUGAAGAAUCGCCUCACAGGGAAACACCACCUUAAUUUUUUAAUAAAUGAGUUGCCAGGAUUACCUUUAAACGUAUCAGCAUUAGGAGCAAAGAAUAAGCCUUUGGUUAAUCAGGAUUCAAAGGUUGCCGAAAUGAACGAUCUUAAAAAGACAAUUAAGAAUCCUAGGCAACAAAUUGUUGGUCAAGGAGGUCCCGAUGUAUGUCCGGCUGAAAUUGAGCUGCUCAAGAAGAAAAUUUUGGAAAUGAAGCACAAAAACAGAGAUCUAAAUUUACAAUGUUCAAGAGGUUUAAACAAACUAAUAAAUAAUGGUAUGGGUGGAUUCGCAAAUACUGAUAGGGUCGGUAUCAGUUUUUUCAACGCCGAUUUUCCCGAUAGGCCGUUACCAAUAUCAUUAAGGAGGAGAAGUUUUGCACAACAAGGCAUUAUUCCGGUUAAUGGAUAUAGGCGUGCCGAUAACCAAUCCGAAAUAGCGCUUAAGUGGUUGUUUUGGAAAGAGGCUGUACAACCAGGAAAAAUAAUACUUGUUGAUGAAAACAAACAAAUCUGUUAUUUUGAUGGUUGCUCGUUAUAUCCAUUUAUAAACAAAUAUGGAAAGUAUCCUGUGGAACACCCUCAAAUUCACAUCAGUGACAAAGACUGCAGAAAAUUACCAAUGAAUUCGGUGGAAGGUCUAAAUGUUCUGUGUUACCCUCUCCAACUUUAUAACACCAUGUACUACCGUAUAAACCAAUGUAUUCACACAGACGACGAACGUAAGUUCUCUGGUACCUUUGUGGCUGAUGAAUUGCGGAAAGCCAUUUCUUUAAAUUAUAAAGUCUUGGAAAUUUAUGAAAUAUGGGAGUACAAAUCAGCAGCACUAACCACUAGGAGAGUCCUUUACCUUGACACAGAUAGUGUUAUAUUUACACAUAAAUCAGGUGAAUUCUUACCAGAGGUUGGCGAUUACUUGGGACUGCUAACCAAUGGUCCGGGUAGUAAUAUUAUUGAAUUUGUAAGUGGAGGCCCUAAAAAUUAUGCAAAUAAAGUAUAUUGUCUGGAUAAAAAUGAAUACAAGACUUUCUGUAAAGUAUGUGAUAAUGCUGAAGCAAUAUAUGUCCACAACAGUCGUAAAAUUUGUAUAACAGCAAAUUAUAAUGUUAUAUCGCGACCGGAGAAUAAAAUUUAUCGUAAAUGCUAUACUAAAAGACAACGGGUUGAAAAUAGUUUCGAUACUGUACAUUACGGAUACAAUGACCCUUUGGUAAACCAAAACGUUUUGGUAUAUCAUCAAGAAACCCCUCAGCCCAUGGAAACCCCUCAACCAGAAGAAGACGCCUCUCCCUCCGAUGAACCUCCUCCGUUGGAAGAAGACUGCUAGAUGAGCCCCUCUUUUAGAUAAAAGAGGCCCCGCAGUCAGAAGAAACACCUCAGCUAGAAGAACCCUCCAACCAGAAUAAGAAGACAGUAAGCCCCCUUCUGGAUGUACG